CAGAAAGAACAUGGCUGCCAUCAUGGCGGCGCUCUGCGCUCGAAAAUGGGAUGGAGUUUUUCAACCCUUCAGAGGUUUACCUGGAGUCAUUAUGCAGAGUCGAACAGCUGCUAAGAAAUCUGCAGGACACUCAAGGAACAAGCAGAAUCACAAUAGGAAAAGGAAAGGCAAAAAUUAUGGACCAAAGAGAUUUGAUGGUGAACGUGUAACCCCAGGUACUAUUCUUAUGAGACAGAGAAAAAAAGACCUCAGAUGUUAUCCUGGACUGAAUGUUGGUAUUGGUAAAGAUAGCACAUUAUAUGCACUGGUAGAAGGAUUUGUGAAAUUCCGAAGUGAACGUGCUCCUCCAUACCAUUGGUGCUUAGGACAACAAGAACCAUUUGAAGAGAAAAAGUAUAUCAGUGUCAUGCCAAGGGAGCCGUUCAAGGGACCCAAGCUGGUUCCAGUUCGAGAUGUAUAUAGAAUUACUCCAUGACAAUAUGAUAUGAGUGUACAUUUUGAUAUUAAAUUUUCAAACUAGCUUAG